AGGCACACCUCCCCUGAAGCCCAUCGAAAACCACCUAUCAUCAAAAAGUCAGUCACAAUGGUUCGUCGCGUCCGUCUUGGUGUCAUUGUCCCAUCAUCCAACACAGUCCUUGAACCACUCACCUCAGCAAUCAUAUCGUCCAUUGAUGACCCGGACCUCGACAUCAGCGUGCAUUAUUCCAGAUUCCGAGUAACCACUAUCGACGUCUCACAAGACGCAAAUGCUCAAUUCCUGCUUCAGCCUAUGCUGGAUGCAGCCCGACUCCUAGCUGAUGCAGAAGUCCAUGUUAUUGGCUGGAGCGGUACGUCCUCCGGCUGGCUAGGUUUCGAGAAGGAUGAAAUCCUGUGUGAUGCCAUCAACGAAGCAACGGGAAUCCCGGCCACGAGCUCAGUUGUGGCAUUGAAUGAAUUACUCAUCAAAUGCAAUAAUCAGGAUAUGGGGCUGGUCACGCCAUACGCUCAGAGAGUUAACGAUGCGAUCCGGAAGAACUACGCUUCUAUCGGCCUCAACGUUACGGUUGACAGAGAACGACAUCUAGGCCUAACCAAAAACAUGGACUUUGGGAAAGUAACGGAGACUCAGCUUGACGAAAUGGUCACCCAGGUUGUGGAGCAAGGCGCCGAUGUCGUUGCCAUUUAUUGCACGAAUCUGCGGGGUGCACGACGAGCAUCUGCUUGGGAAGAAGAACUCAACAUUGUAGUCCUGGACAGUGUUGCCACGACUGUUUGGGGAAUGCUUAGGACGAUUGGUGUACAGCCUUCAUGUGUGAAGGGAUGGGGUUCGAUAUUCACCCUUGAUUGAGUGGUCUGUGGUCACCGGCCUUCAUACAUAUCGUCAAACAUGCUCGGCCAGAUGUUUGCAUCCA